CAAAGAUAGGGCAGCGCACAGAGAAACAACGGGAUGCUUUGUCUUGCCAGGAUUAAGACUGCAGAAAGAAACGGCCAACUUGAGUGAACUCCAGUCCGCUGAACAUUGAGAUCUGUAGCGGGUUUAGAAAAUAGCCCGGGGUCCUUACAAUGAACUGGGAGAAGGUAAUAGGUGCCGCCUCUAGACUGACCGCUCCAUAGCUGCAGCAUCCGUCCAAGAGCUGCGUGAGGAUAUCGGGAGACACCAGGACCGGGUAAAUCUCACACUGCUCCCAAAGCUACAGGAUGCUUUCCUUUCAAAAUCAUGGCUUUCUCUAACACUUCAAGAGUGAGUGGAAAGCCCGCCCGGCCCCUAUGUUUGCUACUCUUCAUCGCUGCUCAGUGUUCAUACUGUGCUGCAAAUCUGAACAAGUGCCUCUCUAACUCCUGCAAAAAAAAUGCAACCUGUGAACCACACUCUCAGACCUACAUUUGCCAUUGCCCACAUGCACCAGUGCCAUUUACAGGGAAGAACUGCAAGGAGCUAUAUGACAACUGCGCUUCAUAUCCCUGUCUGCAUAAUGCAACAUGCAACAGUGUUUUAGGCACAAUUGACUUCUCCUGUGACUGUCCUCCUGAUCAAAUUGGCCCCAGUUGUGAAACUUAUCUCGGCAAAUGUGCCAACAUCUCCUGCAUGAAUGGUGCCAUAUGUUUAGAUGAUGCUGCAGGCUCUAGCUGUGUUUGCCCACCAGGCUACACCGGUACCAACUGUGAAACCAAUGUGAAUGAGUGUGCAUCAAAUCCAUGUGAAAAUGGAGCUGUGUGCAAGGACAAGAUUGAUGGAUUUUCAUGUUUUUGUGUGCCUGGCUACCAGGGCAGACGGUGCGAGAUUGAAGUCGAUGAAUGUGCGUCAGAACCCUGCAGGAAUGAAGCUAGGUGCAUGAACAAAAUAGACAAGUAUAUUUGCAUCUGUCCACCUGGCCUGACAGGAAUAAAUUGUGAGCUGGAAAUCAAUGAAUGUUUGUCACAGCCAUGUCUGAAUGGGGCAACCUGUCACGAUCACUUUGCCAGCUACAGGUGCACGUGUGCUACGGGAUUCAAAGGAAACAACUGCGAAAUAAACUUUGAUGAAUGCGCUAGUCAGCCAUGCCAGAAUGGAGGGCAAUGUAUAGACAAAGCAAAUGGAUAUAGCUGUGACUGUGCGAACAGUCAAUUCACGGGUGUACACUGUGACAUCUAUGUUCCAGCUUGUCUUUCACAUCCCUGCCUCAACAACGCCACCUGUCAGGACAAUAUGGGAAACUACACUUGCCACUGUUGGACAGGUUUCACAGGGACACAGUGUGAAAUUGACAUCCAUGAAUGCUUCAGUAAUCCUUGCCUCCAUGGAGGGGAGUGUGUUGAGCUCUCCUGGAAGAACAUGUAUGGAAACACAUCAGAGUUGCCUGCAGUUUUCAGCUAUGAGCAUGCUGCUGGCUACAUCUGUAAAUGUCAGCAUGGAUUUACUGGUUCACACUGUGAGAUGGAUGUUGAUGAGUGUGACUCAAAUCCCUGUCAAAAUGGUGGAACAUGUCAGAAUACCAUGGAGAGUUACAUCUGUCAUUGCCCAGCAAGAAACGAACAUGAAGUGUUUUAUGGUGGCGAGAACUGUACAGACAUUCUGACAGGCUGUGAAAACCAUGAAUGUCUGAAUGGAGCGACAUGUAUCCCUUACCUAAAGGAUGCACAACAUAGACACAACUGCCUCUGUCCUAAUGGUUACACUGGUUUGAACUGUCAGUUAUCAACAACCUUCUCUUUUGAAGUCAGUGGAUUUCUCAGUAUUAAAACAGCAAAUGCCAGCAAACCUGAAGAAUCAAUGGGUAAACUCCUCUACAGUGUAUUCCUAAGAUGCAGAACGGUACUGUCUAGCGCAAUUAUAUUUCGUAGAGGAAACAAGGAUACAUUUAUGAAAUUGGAAGUACUCAAUGGACAUUUAUUGGCAUCUUUGAAAAUGAGAAACCAGCUGGUUGCAGAUCUUGAGAUUUUUAAGAAUAUUAGUGAUGGUGACUGGCAUACUGUGGAAGUGACAUUAGGCAGCGACUUUUCUGUUAAGUUCUUGGACAAUUCAUGUUCAGAAGAAUGUAUGAUCAAAAAGUUUGUUGGACUGGAGACUGGGCAACUUGCUUCUGCAUUUGAGAACACCAUCUUUGGGGGCACAGAAAUUGAGCGUGGGCAUUUUUUGGAAGUCACCAGUACUAUCCAGCCUCAGCCUUAUUUUAUUGGUUGCAUCCAGGAUGUGGAGGUGGAUUCACAAAGAAUUGAUAUAGAAAAUCUUUCUGUUAACUCCACACUAAACGUCAAACUAGGGUGCAACAAGAAUGAGUGGUGUCAGAGGAACCCAUGUCAGAGCAAAGGCCAAUGCAUUGAUUUGUGGCUAAGUUACAAAUGCCAAUGCUUCAGACCAUACGUAGGAUUUAACUGUUCAGAAGAAUUAAUACCAGGCAGAUUUGGACAUGAAGAUUCUAAAGGCUAUGCUUUGUUUAUUAUUGAUGACAAUCCAGGUGAAGAGGUGGAAAUAUCAAUGUUCAUUCGCACACAGAAACCAAAUGGUUUGUUGCUUGUCUUGAAACAUAGACAUGCUCCCUAUCUCCAGAUAGGGUUGGACACUGGCAAAAUUGUUGUCCAAACUCACUUGUCCAGACCCCUCAUAGGUGGUCAUUUCACUACUGAAAGGCCUUUUCACUUAAUAACGGUGAAGGUGAAGAAACACAUUUUGGAACUUGUUCAGGAUGGACAGGUGGUCGGUCACACUCAUAUUCGUCCUAUUCGAGUUGAAGCUGGAGAUACGCUGUUUGUCGGAGGCCUGCCAGAUCAGCUGGAACCAGCUCAGGAUGGAGGAAACUUUAAAGGAUGCAUCCAGGACUUAAAAAUGAACAACAGAAGACUGGAGUUUUAUCCCGUGGGUGUCUCUGAGGAUUCCUACACUAACAGAACCCUUGUAAAUGUCACAAGUGGCUGCACUGAUGACAAUGCAUGUAAGUUAAACCCAUGUCGGAAUGGUGGAACCUGCUUCUCCAACUGGGAUGAUUUUACAUGCAAGUGUCCUCCAAAUACUUCAGGAAAAACUUGCAACCAAGUCAAGUGGUGCCAGCUUAACCCAUGUCCUCUGAAUGCAGAAUGCCAGCUGCUCAGUGAUGGAUUUGAAUGUCUUGUUAAUGCAACUUUUAAAGGACAGACAAAUGAACUGGCUUUCAGGGGAAAUGGCAAGAUCAAGCGUGAGCUCACCAAUAUUACGUUUAGUUUUCGAACAAGGGACUCGAAUGCUGUUAUACUCCACGCUGAAAAAGAGCAAGACUUUAUCACAAUUGCUAUCCAGCAGCGUCAUUUAAUAUUUAUGAUGCAAAGUGGGACCAGCCCGGGCAACCUGAGUAUACUCAGCUCAAGAGCAAUAAGUGAUGGUUUCUGGCAUGAUGUUACAUCUUACAUGACAGAUCCCUUUCUUCAGUAUUCCAGGUGGCAGAUGGUAAUAGACAAGAAAGAGGUGACGACAAGUGCAGUUGUCAGUGGGAACCUAAACUUUCUGUUAGAAGGAACAGACAUUUAUCUUGGAAGUGGAGGCCCUAAAAAAGGAGGCAGCUUUGCAGGAUGCCUGAAUACAUUGAAACUUGGUGGUAUCUCCUUACCAUACUUCACAACUGACAAUAUGCAAAUUAUCCAACCUCAACAAGAACAAUUUAUCAAAAUAUCCUCCAAUCAUAUAAUAAUGGGGUGCCCGAUGAAGAAUAUCUGUAUGCCCGAUCCCUGUAAAAACAAUGGGAGCUGUGAGGACAUGGUCAGUUACUAUCGCUGUAAUUGUCCUCCAGGCUGGACAGGUCUGAACUGUGAUGUCAACAUCAAUGAGUGUCACUCAAGCCCUUGCAUUCACGGCAACUGCACAGACAAAGUCUCAGCGUACAACUGUACAUGUAAAUCUGGCUUCAAGGGCACUAAUUGCGAAGUAAACAUAAACAACUGUCAGAAGCACAAGUGUGCAAAUGGAGCUACGUGCAUCGACGCCAUUAACAGUUACACAUGUAGUUGCCCUGAUAAUUUCACUGGAAGAUUCUGUGAAUAUCCGAGAUUAUCUGCUACAUUCUGCACUGAAGAGAAGAAAAAUUGGACAUGUUAUAAUGGGGGAAAUUGCACAAUUGGGAAGACUACAAGGUGUAUCUGCCCAACAGGAUUCACAGGAAACAAAUGCGAAGUCGACAUUGAUGAAUGCGAAUCAGACCCUUGUCUUAAUGGAGGCUUCUGCCAGAACUUGCCCAAUAAGUUCCAUUGCAUUUGUGACAUGAGCUUUGCUGGUGACCGCUGUGAGUUUGAUACAACUUCACCGCCUAACAAAGUAAACAUAGCAGCCAUUGUGGCCCCAUGUGUCAUUGGCGGAGUGAUAGUUCUAGCUGUCAUUCUGACUUUUCUCAUUUUAAAACUGCGGGAGAAACGUCAGACUGAGGGCACCUAUAGUCCCAGCAGCCAGGAGCAGACUGGAUCUCGGAUGGAAAUGAACAAUACCCUAAAACUACCACCAGAAGAGCGCCUUAUCUGAUAUGUGCAGGCUCUGUCAUGCACACAAGACUUAAAGGUUUUAUGGCGAAGGAGUAGAAGUCAACAGAUCCAGGUAUUCCCUGCACUGCUUAACAAGUUAGGAGAAAUGCUGGAAAGUGUGCGUGGCUGUGUUUUCCUUAAACCACGGCAGCUUCAGAAUAGCCCUGCAUGGAUUAUCGGUGAACUGUUUUAACCGUCUUGACUCUUGUCAGCAGGAUGGGGAAGCCGGGACCUCCGAGGUUAUGCUAUAUGCUGUGUUGGUCGCGGUGGCGUUGUUGCUCAUUUUCUUCCUGGUCCUGAUUGCCACUGUUGUGACCCUGAAUAAAAGAGCGAGCCACGGGGCAUAUAGCCCCAGCAGGCAGGAGAAGGAGGGAUCGCGAGUGGAGAUGUGGAAUAUGUUACACCCGUUGCAAGUGGAGAGGCUUAUCUGAAUAAACCUGGGGCUUGGUAAAUUGCAUUUUGUGACAAUGUCAUCGAAUAUGUACAGAGUGAGAAUGGCGGGAAAAAUGCCUCAACUGGAAUUGAAAACCCUUAAACAUGCCGAUUAAACCCACUGACUUGCCAAGUCACUCCAAACUACAAUUAAAAUUUUGUUCCAUUUUAA